UUGUUGGUUCUCCAUGAGGUGGUGCUGUAAAAUUUUGUUCAGUCACUCACACACUCAUUCUCUGCACUGAAGCAAGUACGGCAAUCUGUUAAUUUUAGGGAUGGAGGAAGAAAUCUGUUAUUCUACGGUUGUUUUUAAAAAUGCUGAUACAGCUCCAAAAGAGAAAAAAGAGGACCCAACAAUUUAUUCUGAGGUGAAACCUGAAGUGACAGCUGCUACUGUACCAAAAGCAGAUGGUGAAGCAGCUGCAUGCUCUCACUUUCGUGUGUUGGCGGUGUGUUUGGGGAUACUCUGCGUCCUCCUGGUGGUGGGCAUCAGUGCCAUCAUCUACAUCAGUGUGGUAAUGAACAAACAGAAAGUCAACCUCAGCGAACUCAAGGCCCAAAAUCAGCAGCUGAACACGGAGCGGAGCAUCUUACAGAGAGAGACAGAGGAGCUGAGCAGAGUCACAGACAAUUUCAGCUGGACGCUGGGAGUCAUCUUGAAGUUUGACACCUUUCCAGUAAGCGAAUACUGCCCAAACAAAAAGUGUCAGCCGUGUCGGAAAGACUGGAUUCUGUUUCAGGAAAAGUGCUACCUGUUUUACGAUAAAAAGUCUCCAUGGAAGACAUGGCAAGAGAGCCGAGAGUACUGCCAGAAGACAGCUGCAGAUCUGGUUGUAGUUGAUAGUCUCGCUGAGCAGAAAUUCAUCAGUACUCAAAUCAAGUACUACUACGACAAGUUUCAUGGAUACUGGAUUGGGUUAUAUGAAAACAAAGACAAAAACUGGGUCUGGCUUGAUGGACGUAACGACACUCUACGGUUCUGGAUGCUGGAGCAAAUUGGUACCCCUGGUCCAUGUGCACUGAUGAUCCCCAGGAGCAGUGACACAGCCAACUGGGACCCAGCAGAGAGUAUAAUGCAAAACAAAUUCGUCUGUGAGAGCGACGUUCUGAUAAGGUCUAAUUAGCAUUACCAACAUAUUCUUUCUCCUCGUGUUGCAUCCAAAAUUACAUCUCAGUUUAAAAGAUAUCAAUAUAAAGCAAUAAUAGGCUAUAUUAACAAUGAUCUUUAAAUAGCUUGAAGACAAUUUGUGUUUUCAUUAUUGUGUCUUCUUGAAAUUUGUCAGAUGUCUUUUUGAAUAGAUGUCCAGUUUGCCUGAAGGUGUGAAAGGUGAAGACCUAACAAAUGAUGACGAAUCAGACUAUAUCUUCUACAGUUGUUAGUAUUCACUCUCAGAUGAGCAGCCAAAACCUGUAAAAACUAAUGAUUUCUAGAGUUUAGGAGUCACAGAAUAUACACAAAAAGCCCAGCCCAGCUGAUUCACUGUGGGCAAUUUAAUCAUCUAUCAGUGUAAUCAAAUUUAA